GACUCGGCAGACGUCGCUGGGUGCAUUGGUUACAGUCUCUCUUGCUUCUCAGAAUCUCUCUUUCUCCUUCCUCCAAUCCAUCCCGGAGUUUUUGCGACAAGUGGAGUGCUUGCGAUCCUCCGCCAUCGGGGCCUCUCUAAGUCAACAUGGACGACCCGGCGACCCGUGUUCCCGCGCAGCUGCUGCCGCACAUGCACUUGGUUUCGCGGCAACGCUACCCUAUGAUGCAUAUGAUGCCCACAGACACUGUCGUCGAAUACCUGCUCGGCGCUUCCAAGGUCGUGCGCGAGCAGCAACCGAUGCACUGGACCUUCCUGGAUGCGCCUCCAGAUGGCUCGGUUAUGCUUACGUGGCAGCCGCUCAAUCACCUCGGGACCAAUUUCGCCAGUGAUGGUUAUGUCUGGGCCGAUGUCGAACAAGCCUUUACCUUUGAUGCUCGCGGCUAUACAGUCGAGAUGUGGCUGCACCGUAGCGGAUACCAUCCCCCGAACGAGGGUAUGGCGAUCCAUUGCCGUCGGCGGUAUCGGUUGCUACCACCGAAGGUUCCCAAUCCCAAUCUGCCCAACCCCGAUCCCGCCCUCUGGAUUGUCCACUACACGAGAGCGCCUCCCGCAGAUCAAAUCCCCGCAAACCGAAUCCCCGUCAUGCCCCAAGUGCAGAACAUGCUAGCGCAGCGGCGGUUCUUGCAGAGCCAAGGCCAACUGGCCCGCAAGGACUUCAUGCUGCACGAUCGGAACAAUUGGCCAGCCAUCAACUUCCCCCCACAUAUGGCACCCCAGGGCUUCCCCCAGAUGCCUGGCGCUUAUCCGAGCGCCAUGGUCGGACGUCAACCGUUCUACCCUCCACCUGGACCAGGCGUGCCACCCCCCGCUGCUGCCCCGCCGGCAAAGGCCGCUCGCGGCAAUCGCGCUCCCUCCGCCGCGGUUAACGCUGCCACCGCAGACUUCGCACUUGAAGAUGAAGACGUCUCGGCGGGAGACACCAUGGAUCUCCUUACGCCCCGUGAAAUCAGCAAAGUUCGUUACACGCAACAUCAUGAGUGGAUGGAAGAGAUAUUCGCUUCGCCUUACGCCAUCAGCCAAAUCACACCCGUCUCUCUAGGUCUGGGCCGGAAAGGAGAACUCGAGUCACUGACGGCUGGGUUCUUUGAGGCACCGGUUGGACCCGCUAACGGAGAAAAGAAGGAUGCCAAUGCCACACAAGCUGAGAAGUUGGCACCUGCCAAGGCCGAGGAGUUCGCGGACCGGGUCGCCAAGAAGGUCGCUGAUAUGACAGCCGAGAUCGAGAAGCUGAAGAAGCGCCACGCACGCCGAAUGGAGAAGUUCAACCGCACCUCUUUGCUCAAGGACGCCGAGGUCCGCCUCCGUGAAGCCGCAGCCGAUCCUGCAGAGACUGGUCCGGAGCCGUGGAGAUUGGAAGGACGCUUGGUGAUCCCUUCUGAGGAUGAUGACUCGCAAGCGGCUUACGUUGAGAACCCCGCCAAGUACAAAGUUGACGAUAUCGUGCGGGAUGUGGAGAAAGUGUGGCAAAGACAAAUUGUUCCGGAACCCAGAGUCUCUUGCGUGCAGAAGGGUGGCCUGCUCGAGAAGAUCGAACCAGAGCAGAGACCCGAGACUCAACCGGAGGGUGAUAUCGAAAUGAACGGUACGGAUAGCCACUUCUUGGACCAGCUGGGCUCACCGGAAACAGCGCCAGGUGCCUCCUCAGCGGUCCAGGAUGGCGGACAGACUGGAACAUCACACGUUCCCACCUUGGGCGGCGCAUCGGGACCGGGUGGGGUAGUUCCACAACCGCCUCAACCAGCCAACGUCCCUCAACAAGGUCUUCCUGCCUCGUUGGAUAUUGAGAUGGAUAUGGGCGAGACACAACCCGCCAGUGCUGCCGGAGAAACUGGAGACUGGGUGAUGGUCAAUGAAGAGAAGAAGGACCAGGCUUUACCUGGUGAUAACUCUCUACCCGGUGUAGAUACUCCGGGCAGCGGCCUCCAAGGAUUGACCCCCGGCAACGCAGGUAGUACCGGGGACAACGGUCUUGAUGGAGCCAACUUCGAUUUCACCAACAUGGACAGCGCGGGUGACGCUCUCGCCGCGUACAGCGAGCAGAACGAUGGGCUCGAUUUGCCGGAUCUGGAAAACUCUGCCUUUGGCGAUGCGUUCCAUGCGUCGGAUAACGAAAACACGCACCAUCAUGACGCCGACGAUAUGUCGUAGAAUGGCCAGCUGGAGGUUCCGGAACUGCUUUAGAUGCUUGGUAAUGAAACGGAGUGGUGUUGGUAUGGUAUUCAACCAUUUGGCUUGGGCGCUGGGGCUUGUUUCUUGAUCGUCUUCGACCCUCGUUGUAUUUGUCACGACGAGGUCGAGGUGGAGAUCAAUGUAAGUUAGAGAUAGGAGUUGGCCAUUUCUGUCUGCUUUUGCCGGAUACGAAGAACAUGGGACAGACUUGCAAUCUAC